AUGGCUGCUAAAUAUAACGAUAAUUCUGCGGAUCCUUCUAAUGUUUCUGAUAUGACAAUUGAAUUAUCAAAAAUGCUUCAUCUUAUCGAAGAUAAUGAAAAUAUACCACUUGUUUCUUUGGAAGAGGCUGUCAAUCCACUCGUUCCAUUUAUCCCAGAACUCGAACAGAUGAUUUCGAUAGUGAAAAAAAAUCGUAAUAUAGCAAAAGAUAGUUUAACAACUGAUGAAUCAAGUUCUAUUUUUCUAUAUACUAUAAAAUGGAAGCCAAUAAACAAAUCGUUUCAUGUCAUUCUUAACACUACAUUAGAAACAAGAAAUCAAACAUUAUUGAAACCAUGGUUUCGUUAUCUUAAAUUAAUUAUGACUGCGUUAAAUAAACUUCCAUCAAAUUCUACUCGUCUUACUGUUUAUCAUGCUGUACAAUUGAAUUUAAUUGCACAAUAUCCUGUGGGAAGAAUAUUUGUAUGGUGGGGUUUUACAUUAUGUACAAUGUCUCUUAAUGUUUUCAACAAUGAAGAUAUUUUGGGUCAAAAUGGAGCAAGAACAUUAUUUAUUAUUGAUAGUCAUUCUGGUAAAAGUGUUGGCAAAUAUUCGUUUUAUCCGAAAGAACAAGAAGUGUUACUUCCUUCUGCUUGUCGAUUCCAUGUAAUAGGUUGUUUCGAUGCAGGUAAUGGAUUACACAUUAUUCACUUAAAGGAAAUUCAACCAAAACAUCAACUGACUGUUCCUGUUCGACGAGGUUUUAAUAUUUUGCUCAAUAAAAAAUCCACAAUGUCCUCGUUAGAAAAACCAAAUCCCAUUAUGUUACGCUCUCUACGAUCAUCAUCUGUAUCUCCACCAACCAAAAGAACUUCCACUGAGAAUAUACCAAAAAGACAGAGCCUUAUAGAACCAAUUCAAAAUUUAUCAGGUCAAUCGACAAUACCAAAACAAAUAAGUGUAUUACUUCAACGUAUUAAUCCCAAGGUUCAAAAAUCAAUUGAAGCAUUGCUUACAGAUCCGAAAUUGACCACUCUAGAUCUUUCACGUCUUCAAAUCAGUGAUCAAGAAGCAAAAGCUAUUGCUUAUACACUUCAACAAAAUAAAACGUUAACAACAUUAGACUUGCAGCAUAAUCUUAUUCGACCCCAAGGAGCACAAAGUCUUGCCAAUGCUUUAAAAGAAAACACAACACUGACAACAAUAAGUCUAGAAAAUAAUCAAAUUAGUGAUCAAGGAACACAAUAUUUUGCUAAUGCUUUGUUACAAAAUAAAACACUGACCACACUUAAUCUUCGUUCGAAUCAAAUUAGACCACAAGGAAUACAAUAUCUUGCUAAUGCAUUACAACAAAAUCGAAAACUCACUACAAUCAAUCUUCGAUCCAAUAUGAUCAGUAAUUUAGGAACAAGUUAUUUAGCUAAUGCUCUACAACACAAUCAAACUCUUACUAUACUUAAUCUUGCAAAUAAUCGAAUCACGGCAAAAGGAGCUCAAAGUCUUGCCACUGCUUUACAGCAAAACAAAGUAGUAAUUGCUCUUUCGCUUACAAUUUCUACUUGUUCAUUAUUUCAGACUCUCACCAUACUUGAUCUCGAAGAUAAUGAGAUUGGAUCACAAGGAGUACAAUAUCUUAUUAAUGCUGUACAACAAAACAAAACGCUCACUAUGCUAAAUCUUAAAGGCAAUCAAAUCGGUAUUGAAGGAAAACGAUACAUCAUGGAAGUUGCACAAAAAAAUCCAGCUCUGAACAUUGUUGUAUGA